AUGCGGCUCUUUCCAUUCUCCAACAUCGUCGUCUCCGUCACCUACUUUGUCCUGGCCACCAUGACCCUCGUCAUGGCUGCCACCGUGGCUGCCAACUACAGCUCUCUGGCCGUCUUCAACCGCCAGAUCCGACACCCCAGCAUCACCAAUUACUCGUGGGUGGCCUGCUUCUUUGCGCUGUCGCUUGCUCUCUCGAUCGACUUUUACCGCUACGCCUUUGAUUAUCCAAACUCUCCCUUCACGAUCCCCGACCACGUUGGCGGUGUCGCUUCCGAGAUCUGGGAGGUCCAUCCACGAGUCUUGGAUGCCCGUCUCUUGCUGGUGUCGUCGCUGGCACGCUCCUGCAGCGUCCUUUUCAUGACCCUGGCACUCCUCCACCAGCUCAAGUACAGAUCGCAGUGGGAUCCUAAGGACUCGUACGCUGCCCUCUACCCGCAAUUUGGUUACCAGGUUGCCUCGCGUGCUCCUGCUGGCUUCCGCCGACAUUCCCGUGCCGACAGCAAUGCCUCUGUUGUCUCGGCCGGUCGACUCUCGCGCGAGCCUGCUCGUGACCUGGUCAUCACCGAGGAAACAGGGCUUUUGGGCUCUCGAGCAAGCAGUAGUCCGCCUCGUGUGUCCGUUUACGGAGCAACCCAUGUCCCCAACACCCGCCGAGCGCCUCGGCCUCGUGCGCUCUCCAUCGGCGGAGGCGGCGAGGAGGAAAUUGCCGAUGUCGUCGAGGUUCUGACACGGCCAACAACUCCAAGCAGCUUCCGGCCGUCGACACCGGAUCUUGAGUACCUCCCGCAGUGGGCAACCACCGUCCUUGGGGCAGUCUACAGCCUCGCUGUCAGCUGGGAAUGUUCGUUCGUGCUCCUGUGGAUUGCGAGCCUGGCUGGGCUUUGGCUGCAAAUAUCAACACCCGUCGAGCUCUCAGACAAGUCCUUCCUGAUCGAUGCCGAUCGGCUCUGGGGACUCCCGCCUCCGCUCGUGUCGUCACAGCCCUACCGCUUCUCGUCCUUGGUCUUCUACCUGAACGUGUUCCUCGGCAUCCUGCAGCGCAUUCCCAUUGUGGUGCUCAUGGUGCUCAUCAUCACGACCUUUCCCACGGUCUCGAGCCUGUCCGCAUCGGCCUCGGCGCGCUCGAGCAUGUAUCGGCGGCGAUUCGGGCCGGCGCUGUCUUCUCGGAUCUUGCUGUUUGUCGGUGUGGUCUUUUACCUUGCGUGGUGGAUCGAGCCCAGUGUUCUCAGUCGCGGACUCAUGACCUGGUUCCGGAUCGCCAUCGAGCCUGACUCGUCACUGGUGCAGCGUGUCUGCAGCAUCCCGCCAUACUGGUGGCGCACUCCUCUCGAUGCCACCACCGGGAAUGGACCAGACGACAACGCCGAUCUGCAUGGCUGGGCAUCGGUUGUCGACCUGGUGCAGUGGAUCGGUGGCGUGGGCUAUCUAUUCCUGUUCCUGUUUGUCCGGGCUGAGUAUCUCAGGAAUAUGAAGGAAUGGGUUCUCUUGUCGGUCACACAUGUCCAAGACACUUUUGAUUUCCGAAGAUGA